AUGGAGCUGAGAAAGGACUUCCACGAAGGCAUGCUUGGGAUGCUUGAGGUACUUGAUAAAGAGAUGGAGGUCGGCGUUCGAGCAUUGAACGCAACCGACCAGUGGACCCAUUCAGAUCAUCCAGGCGGCAGCGCAGAGUACUCUGCAACCAUGAGUGGCUCGUUAUCACGCGAGAGUCGCUCAUGCGGGCCGUCUUGGAGCAUCAGGCAGAGGCGGCAGCGCAGAGUACUCUGCAACCAUGAGUGGCUCGUUAUCACGCGAGAGUCGCUCAUGCGGGCCGUCUUGGAGCAUCAGGCAGAGAAAAAAUAUGCAUUGAGACUUCUACCAACCAGUGGACCAUUGCUUGCGAGCUUUGCUACCCAUUCUGGGGAUCAUCCAGGCGGCAGCGCAGAGUACUCUGCAACCAUGAGUGGCUCGUUAUCACGCGAGAGUCGCUCAUGCGGGCCGUCUUGGAGCAUCAGGCAGAGGCGGCAGCGCAGAGUACUCUGCAACCAUGAGUGGCUCGUUAUCACGCGAGAGUCGCUCAUGCGGGCCGUCUUGGAGCAUCAGGCAGAGGAGCCUUCAUCGGCGAACGAGAUGCGACAGGAAUGUUUUACAUUGGCUGAUUAG